CUCGUUCGUUAACACACGAGGACGGGACAACACGCAGGGGCAAAAAGGGACGGCGCCAGUCAGUCGGCGGGUCAGUCAGUGAGUCAGUCAGUGAGCCUCUCUGCUACAAGGAAGCUACGCUCGACAACCAGACAGCAACCCGACCCAACGCCAGCACUCACGGAGGGAAAAAUCCUCGCCCGUGUGCAUGCACCCGUCCUAACAAUCGACAGACACUUGACAGACAAGAAGCGAUACCAGCUCAGACAGACAACGACCAACACACGUCAAAGAGGGGGAGAGAGAGAGACAGACAGACAGGCGAGUACUCAGUCAGUCAGUCAGUGCGCUCCGAACCGGACAGAGUCAUUUAGGAGGGAAAUAAACCGCACGAUCCGAUCUCUCCCCAGAAGCAGCAAGAAAACGAGUGUCUCUCUCUGUGUGUGGGCAUGUCAAUGAUGUCUCUCAUGUAUCCGUACGUUUGUACGUGUUCAGUACCAUUGAGGGAGGGGAACCACACGACAACCAUUGAGGGAGGGGAACCACACGACACGACACGAUACAAUACGACACGACACGACGAGGCAGACAGAGGGGGGCGGGGCCCCUCUGUGCUUUUUCUUCUUCCCCCGCAAAACCGACACCGCACCGCAACUCUGACGUAUGAAUGAGCCCCUUUCCCAUAUCCCUCAGUGAGCCGUCAGGUGAAAAAGGCUGCUGACGGCCCACACUCCCUGGCCUGGUGGCUCACAGAUGUAUGCCCACCCCAACCAACACACGUAGGGUGCCUGCAUCGGUGUAAGCACCCACUUCUGUCCGGCCGCAUCAGAGAUCCAUCGGACGUCCGCAUGUCUGACAGCAUCAAGAUAUGCACUCAGCCAACAUGAUGACGUCAGCUGUGCACAUCUCGGUGCAGCGCGACAUGGAGACAUCCCAUCAUGAGAUCUCACAACAACACAAGGUACACAAUGGGGCUGCGGCCUGCCUGUCUGUCUGCGUGCAGUGAGCAUUGCCACGGGCUCGAUGACACAUCAAUCCUCCUUUUCUAUGAGGUGGACGGUGCGUCACCGCCACUCUGGCAGGGCCCUCCGGCACACCAACAGACGACCGCCUUGUCACACACACACACCACACACAGCACUCGCUUCACCGCACAGUGUGAAAAAUUAUAGGCAUGAUCAGGAAUCAAGAAGGGGCGUGGCCACGCCCGGCGAAUGGCUGACGCCCGCAAACAAGAGAGACAAGAAACUCAGUCACGCGCCCCAAGACCCACCCACGCACCCCUUCCACCGCAUCAACACAGAAACAAAACGCACCACACGCCCCUGGCCCCUUCCCUCCCUCCCUGCCAGUCUAGCCCUUUUCCUCCUUCUUGACGAAGGGCAGCGGCAUCUGCUGCAGGGCGCUGGGGUUGUCGAGGUUGCGCAGCACCGCCGACACGGCCGAGAGGGUCGACUCGAGCACCUCCAGACGCUUGCACUGCAGAGAGGGGUCGGCCGCUGCUCCUGCUGCUGCUGCUGGUGCUGAUGCUGCUGAUGUGGCAAAUGGCGCUGUGGGAGUGGGGGUGGUGGUAUCGGGACGGGAGACCUGCUUGGACAGCCACCCGCAAAAGUCAUCCUGAACAUACGCAGCGACGAAACACUCCUUCUAAUGCCUUUCUCCUUUGUCUUGAGUGGGCUCUAUCUGUCUGUCUGUCUUAUCACUGACCAAGAAGUCAGAUCUCUGCUGGCCGACGUCGCCCCCACCCCCAGGAACGGCAGAUGCAGCAACGCUGCUGCUUGACGUCGCCUUUUGCGGCGGCCCGUCCACCGGAUACCCUCCCACAAUGGUCGACCCGACUCGCGCAUCUCUCGGCUGCGAGUAGCUGAAAGGUGGCGCGCUGGUCGGCAGCAUGAACGGCGCAGGGGCGCGGUCAGCCGAUGACGCCUUCCUCGCCCCCUGCUGGUCCAGCAGCACCGUCUCGUCGUCGAGCUCCUCGAUCUCGACAUUGCCAGAGUUGCGGCUCUCUGUCUGGAGGUCCGGGCUGCCGGCCUCGCCGCCCAACAGGCCGUCGAAAGGCGCGUCGGCCCCGCCCCCGAAGAGACUCAUGGUGGGCGGCCCCACCCCGUCGGCCCCGUUGGUGUCGUCGUUGCUCUUGAUGAACCCCUCCGCCACGUGGAUCAUGUCCUCGGUGUCGGCAUUGAGGAAGGGCGGAGAGGGAGAUGGCGCGCGGAGGCCGGGCGCGGGCGUGUGGGUGUGGGGGUGGGGGAAGAGGCUGCUGGGUGCGGGGUGCGGGUGGGGGGGAGGGGGAGGGGCGAAGGGGGCCACUGAUGGGAAAUGUGGGGGAUGGGGUUGGGGGUUAGUGAAGGCGUCCAUGGUCGAGUAGGACGGCUCUGUGGGCGAUUCCUGACGCAUUGGCGGCAUUGGCGGCGGCGGUGUGUCGUAGCCUGCCUUCUUGAUGGACUCGCGCAGCAUUUGGAUCUCCAGAUUCUGAUCAACACGACACAGCAGAGCUUUUGGCGGUUGCUUCCCUGCAUGUCUAGAGAGUCACCUUGAGAUGGAGCUCUUUCUCUUUGGCCUCCAGCAGCUGCUCCUUCUCGUGCAGCGACGCACUGAUCGAUGCCGACAAACACACAAACAAACGAGCCACUUGCUGUGCCAUAUGUCAUAUGCCGCUGUAUCGUCUUCUCUUCUUUCUCACCGGAGCGGCCCGAUGGCCUCGAGCGCCUCCUUUCUCCGCCGCUGCUCGCGACGAGACAACUCACGGUUCCGACGAAUGCUGACAGGUACACGCACGACAUCAGCAUUCGUGUCGGUUGCUGUGUGUGUGGGCGUAGGGGAGGGUGGGGUGACCUACCGAAUGCACGCUCUGCAGUCGCACUCCUCUGACCCGUUGUGCGGGCACUUGCGGCUGCUGCCCCCGCCACCACCCCCGCCACCACCACCGCUCCGACGGCGCUUGGACGAGUCGUCCAGAGAGAUGUCCUGUGUGCACGUUGGUUGGGUACACGGAACGUACGUAUGGGGUACACAAGGCGUCGUUUCUGUGUGUGUGCGUGCGUGUGUGUGUGUGCGUGUCGCCCACCGGGAUGUCGGCGACGGCGCGCUUCUUGGGCUUGAUGAGAGGAGAACCUGGUAAGGACAAUACACGGCGAGUGGAUGGAUGGAUGGAUGGAGUUCCUACACACACCGACACUGACCUGAGCACUGUCUGAGCCACUCGGCCAGCUGGCCGUGUGACGUCAACUUCUGCAUAACGUGCCAAAUCCUGUGACUGAGGCACACACACACACACACACAUCCAUCCAUCCAUCCGUCCGCACAUUAGCCACCUCCUCACUCCCACUCACCUGUCGUUCUUGGCGAUUUCUGGCCCUCCAUAGAAGGCAAGCACGUGUGUGACGGUGUUGUCGCUGUAGCUGCGGAUGGGCACGCCCAGCACCGUCGUGAUGCCCAGUUUGGACGCCAUCUUGAAACGCAGAAACGGCUUUCCAUUCUGUUUGUUCAAAGGGGCAUGGAGGAAGCACAACGAAGUGAAGUCAUCACACGGCCCGCUUUCGCUGAGUGGUGGGUGAGGUACCCUCUGACCUGGUGGCUCAUCUGCAGGUUAUCGGUGAACUCUGGCUGACAGGUCGCCAACACACGGCCGGGCAUGCCCUGAUGGAUGGAUAUAUAAAGAGUGGAUGAGUUAGGGGGAUGGAUGGCUGUAUGCGUGUGUGGUGCUGUCUUGUCUUGUUCAGUCGCUGACCUCUCCCCGCUUGAAGACGAACCCGCUGCUCUCGAGCAUCCACGACACCAACUCAGGACGAGUCUCAUAGUGAAACCUGCAGGCAGCACCAACCAAAGCACGAGCUCUCUCUGCUCCCCCUCUGUGGGUUUGUGUAUGUGUGUGGGGGGGUGGGGGGUGGGGGGGUGUCGCCUUACUCUCUGACGUAGUGGAGGUCGUCUUGUAUAACCUGCCAGGUGUCCAUCGACCAGAAGCCCCCCUCGUUGCCCGCCUCCUUGAGCAGCCGCUGAACUAUCUCCUUUAUCUGAUCAACCAUUUCCCACACACACCAUUCCUUCAGGCUCUCUGUGUGUGUGCGUCUGUGUCUACUGCCUGUCUGUGUGUAGGUAGUACCUGCUCGGCAUCGAACGAAACGGGCACAGACCUGCACACACACACGACACAGAGGCGCCACCUGUCUGUCUGCCAAGGCACUCCGAUUCCUCAUGUGUGUGAGUGUGGGUCGGUGUGUGCUGACUGACCUUGAUAUGGCUGUGGUGAUGCUGCCGUCAUACUGGCCGCCGCCCAUGGGCUGUCCAUACGGGUAGUUAGGCACCAUGGCGUGGUGUUGCGACACGUGCGACGCAUAAAACGACUCGUACAACUUCUCUACCGCCACUGCAGUGCACACACAUCACCACAGACACACACAGACGUGUGUGGCAGCAAGCGACGAACCCUCGCACCACUCCCCCUCUCAUCCGGCUUACUUGGCAGUGUGUCGCCGUAUAAGUGAGGGGCAUUGGUCUGAUACAGAGCAUCUCUGCACCACACACACCACACACAAACACACAAACACACACACGCAGAAGACAGGCAGACAGACCCCUUCUCGAUAGUCUAUCGUUCGUGUGUGCUCCACACAUCCCUCGACGCACCUGAAGGCUUCAAAGGGAACAUUGGCCGCCCCUCCGUGCACACCAGCAAGGCGCUCAAAAGCAUCCUGAGCACACACAACACACAAGGCACACACAAGAGAGAGCAAUGCCUCGUCAGCCUUCUUCGACACAAUCAGCCGAGACACCGCGCCGCAGCAGUGCCGUGCUGCCCGCAGUGAGCUCACCUGUGCCAGAGCGGCCAGUCCGUUGUGCUGAGGUCCUGCCAUCGGCGAAAAACGCACCGGUGGCCUCCCAGCCUCCCAAGGGCAGCAACGAGACGCUCCACACACCUCUCAGAGCGGAAAAAGGGAAAGCGAAG